ACCUCAACCAACAUCAAACCCUAGGAAUAAAUACCGCCCUCCUAUAUAUAAAGCCCCAAACCCCUUUUUUCUGAUAUAAACCCUAGAUUAGCCGAACCUGCAGAAGAAACCCGUUUGCUUCUUCCCACUCUCUCGAACCCAAAUUCAACACCAGAGAUGAAGAUUGUUGCCGCUUACUUGUUGGCUGCUUUGGGCGGUAAAGCUUCCCCUGCUGCCGAUGAUGUCAAGAAAAUUCUUGAAUCAGUGGGUGUUUGAGCCUGAUGAGGCCAGACUUCAGUUGUUCUUUGACCAGGUUUCUGGUAAAGACAUCACAGAACUAGUUGCUGCUGGAAGAGAAAAGCUUGCCUCUGUCCCUGCUGGUGGAGGUGCAGUUGCCGUGUCAGCUGCUCCUUCAGGUGGUGCAGGUGCUGCUGCCGCAGAGGCUCCAAAGGAGGAGAAGAAGGUUGAAGAGAAAGAAGAGUCAGAUGACGUCCCCUAAAACAUAUGGAACUAAUCUACUUAAACGACGUAUGGGAAAGGGACCAAGUGAAUGGAUAUAUAUAGCCGAGGAACAAAUACCACCCCUUGAAGGCGGCAAUUGACAAGAGAGACUAAUUUGAAGGCAAAAUUGAGUCUUACCUGAUGCAUUUUCGCCACACACCUCAGUCACUUCACCGAUUGUUAUUCCCCCACUCAACAUCGAAUCGAUUUCACUGCAUCUCGUUGUGAUUUUGUUUACACUAGUAGCCAUUCUUUGUGAUGUAGUAAUCUCUUAUAAUUACUUUUACUUUGAAAUGGAGGGAUUGAACACACCCUUAUAUUCACCUAGUUCUAACAUGUCAUUGAUGGAUCAUGUUGUUUCCAAUAAAUAAUAUUCAUAUAUUACAAAAAAUAAGGGGCUGAGUUUUGCAUGA